ACACACGAUACAUUCCUAUCAGGUCCCCUCAAACAUCGGGUGCUUCUCCUCGUCAUCUGCUUUGGGUCUCGCCUCUCUUGACAACCUUAAAGCUAAAACCCAUCCUAUCUUCUCUUUCCCCCUAAUCAUCUUGUCUCAGAAGCUUCGAAACCCAAUUUCAUAUGCUUCCCUAACUACGUAGUUUGAGAUAAGCCUUUGUUGGCAGCGAAUACUCUUUCGCAUAUUCUCGGAGUAUUCCCUGGCCAUGGACCCUCCUUCGCAGGACGGUGGUAGUUCUACUACUCCUCCCUCCCCAUCAGAUACGCGACAGCAAUCUUUGCGACGCGAACCCAGAGAGACCAGAAUUGUGGACGCGCUCCCCGAAAGCUACCAAUCUUCUACUGAGACUUUGCGGAGAAGAACAGACCAGUCUUAUGGCACUCUUCAGUCACCACCCCCGCCUGCAAGUGGAAGUUCGCAGUUAUUGGGAGAACCCACCGCCCACGACCGAUCCCAUUCGAGAACCGGAACUCAACCACCUCGUUCCCCACUCCUAGCCCCAGAACAUGGCCGACAGCGCCCUAAAAAGCCCGCUAUGUCUCGCAGAGCUUCAUCCAACACGGUGGCUCCCCAUCGCGGGGAGGUAUUCUCGACAGACGACGACAUCACGGAGGUGGAGAGUGGUGCUAUCGGGAGACACAGUUUCUCCCCUCUACCACCUUACAACAACGAGUCAGGAAGGCAGUCUACACUGAGGCGACGAAGCAUGGCCCCGCCUACCCUGUCUCGGGUGCAUUCGACCCGUAGUACUGCCCCCGAAGAAGAGGGUAUCGAGGAGCGGUUGGAGGAAGAAGAGGAGGAAGAUGAAGAUGAACCCAUGCAGCAAUCACAACACGAGGAGGAAGCAAUGCAGGAUGUGACCCCCGAAUCUGGCCUUAUGGAGGAUGAUGAAGAUGAUGAGGAUUUAAGCGAUGCCGAGAGUUUUACCUUGAAGGACCGCCAACAAGCCAUCAACGAGACGCAUCCAUUUGGUAUCAGGAUUUGGAAGCCUGCAUUGUACAAGAAAGAUCGAUCGGUCCAGAAGACCGCCGAGGGCGAUAUUCAUUCCUCCCCUGGUGGCCGAGUCAACAGCUGGCUAUUGUUAUUUAACAUUAUUUGGACUUUGGCCUUUGGUUGGUGGAUGGCCCUUUUUGCUGCCACGGGAGCGAUGGCCUGCUUCAUUUUCGCGGCAGCUCCUAGUGGAAGAGAGUACGGCCGCGUGCUAUGGGGCUUGGCCGGCUAUCUUUUCUACCCCUUUGGAAAGUUUGUAAGACUUGAACAGGACGAAGCAUAUCUAGACGAAGACGAGGGCGAGGGUCGAAGCAUUAGCGAAUAUGAGCAGUGGCAGAGCGGUGAUCUGGAAUAUGGACGACUGUUCUUCGGACCCGAACGAAAUCGCUCGAUUAUUGGUCGUUCGAGAAGAAGUAUUGACUCUGAGCCUAGUGAGACUGAUAGCCUACUCCCUCGUUCAGGUGGUCGCUACGAUGAGAUUGCAAACGACCCAGGACGGCGACUCAAGAGACGUUUAUUCGGUCGAGGUCAAUGGAACAUUGGCCGGGUUAUCUUCUUCAUCUUCUUCUGGGGUCUUAUUACACCGUCUCUCAUCACCGUCUCCGCCAUAUGUUGGCUGCUGGUCUUCUGGAUCCCGAUGGGUAAAGUUACCAACCUCCUUUUUGAUCAUCUCAGAAGGCAUCCGUUGGCGCUCUCCUUCGAGUCCGAUGUUAGUAUCGCCAGACCAUCCGAUGGUUCGCAUUCGUCUAUUCUCCUCUGCACGUAUCGUGCUGUGGGUCCAAAGUACUGGAAAUACACUAUCGAUGGCACCAACAUCUUCCUCAUUAAUCUCAUGGCUGUUGUCAUGUUCGUCAUUUUUGACUGGCUUGUACUAGCCGGCGUUCUCCAUCUUGAGAACUUCUUGACCUCCCCGGGCUUUCUCUUCGUGGCUGGUUUGUUCUCUAUCAUUCCCCUCGCAUACUUCAUAGGCCAGGCCGUCGCGUCCAUUUCGGCGCAGUCUUCCAUGGGCUUGGGCGCAGCAAUCAAUGCUUUUUUCUCGACUAUUGUGGAAGUUUUCCUCUAUUGUGUUGCGCUUAAAGAUGGCAAAGGCCAGCUAGUUGAAGGCAGCGUCAUCGGAAGUAUCUUCGCAGGUAUUCUCUUCUUGCCCGGUUUGUCCAUGUGCUUCGGUGCCAUCAAACGCAAAACGCAACGUUUCAAUGCGAAAUCCGCUGGUGUCACCUCAACGAUGCUUAUCUUUGCCACCGUUGCUGCGUUUGGGCCGACUCUCUUCUACCAAAUUUAUGGCACUCAUGAACUCCGAUGCCAGAGCUGCACAGAUUCCGUGUGGAAUAAGGAGCGAGAUUGCCGUCGUUGCUACUACUCACAGGUCCCAGCCCUCGACGACCGCUUCUACAUCGAAGCCGUGCGUCCUUUCUGUUACAUCGCUGCCACCUGUCUCUUCUUAUCAUAUGUCAUUGGCCUAUGGUUCACUCUCAGAACGCAUGCAGCGGUCAUUUGGAACACUGAGGUCGACGAGAAGAAGCACGAGGAAGCUCAACAACAGCAUGCACGUUUGUCCGAGGUACGUAACGUCGCUGAUGCAUCCGGUGCCGAUAUCCGAGACAGCAAUCUAUAUAAGAGAAUUCUAGGACAGUCAUUAAAGCAAGUCGGGCUUUCUGGAGAGGGUGGUCGCCAUUCUCGCCAACCAUCAGGGGCUUAUCCAAUGAACGGUGGUAUUCAGACGCCGCAUAUGGUUCCGCCCAAAGGCAACGUGGGCACCUCCGAUAACAUUCGUUCGAACGUACACAUCCCUGGUUUCUCUGAUGCAGAGAACAGCGAUCUCGUCCGUAGUGUUACCGAAGUGGCCGCUACCGCAGCUGCCAUUGCAGCCCGUGAUGCCCGAGGACCCCGCCGUCUUUCUGCUCAACCGUCUAAUGCAGGAGCUAGCAGCUCAAUAACACGACCUACGCCCGUUCGUUCUACUACCUUCCCCGAUUUAGAAGAAGUCGGCGAGCAAGCGCAGCCUGCUCACGGAGGCCACGAUGCCCCGAACUGGAGCCGGACGAAGAGUUCAGUCAUUUUGAUGGGCGCUACCGUUCUCUAUGCAAUUGUUGCUGAGAUUUUAGUUGACACGGUGGAUGUAGUGUUAGACAACUACGCGAUUGAUCCGAAAUUCUUAGGUAUCACGUUGUUUGCUCUGGUACCCAACACUACGGAAUUCUUGAAUGCUAUCUCUUUUGCCAUGAAUGGAAACAUUGCCCUCUCGAUGGAAAUCGGUUCCGCGUACGCAUUGCAGGUUUGUCUUCUUCAGAUACCAGCGUUGGUUCUCUUCUCUGCAGUCUAUCCCCUUCAACCGGCAGGUGAUACAGACCCGACUCAUUGGACAUUUACUCUACUAUUCCCGCAAUGGGACAUGGUAACCGUCAUACUAUGUGUGUUCCUGCUCAGCUACAUGUACGGAGAAGGAAAGAGCAACUACUUCAAAGGCAGCGUCUUGAUCCUGACAUACUUGGUGGUCGUGGUUGGGUUCUACUUCUCUAGCUAUACGGAAACUCAGAUGGGUCCGAUAGGCAAGAGUCGAUUUGAUACCCUUGGCGCCGAUGGUGUGUGGCAAAGUUACAAGACCAUCGGGCGGGGAACAGGAGGACGAGCAUAUGAAUUUGGUGGGAGUUACUAAAAAGUUACGAGUUUUGUCUUUUGCACCCGGGCCUACCCUACCCGCCUCGUUCUUAUAACACGAUGGCGAAGGCAAAGUCGUAUUUUUGAUUCAUCAUGAUAUCCCCUCUUCCUUUUGGACUGUCAGUACAUCAUUAGGUCAUCUCUCGGAGUAUGGAUUGAUGUUUCUUGUUCGCCGUGUAGGUCUCACGGUUUUUUUUUUUUUUCUUACUGGGUCGUCGAAGGGAAGAGACAUAGGCAAGUUGUCGUUCAGUUGUUAUAUACGCAGGGCCAGCAUGGCGAGGAUGGAGUACAUAGGUAUCCUUAAUUAAAAUAAAUAAUGUAUUAGUCAUGGUAGAUGGUGUGUUGGUGAUUUGAUUCGUGCUGGGUAGUGCCGUGGAAUGAAGCGACUUUCUGUUGUGUCACUGUUGUUGCGUUGGAUGUAGGUUGCGGGUCCGUGAUGGAGGAUGAGUGCCUAAAGCAUCUCGAACUUUGGAUUUGCUUAAGUUGAGUCUACUGUGUAUAAAUAGAUGUGUGGAUGGCGUUCAAUAUGAA